GCGCCUGCGCAGUGACUGCAGCGCUGAAAUUCAAAUUUUAACAGACGUCGUUUUGAGCAGAAGAGCAACAGGGAAGAGAGACGCUUGGGAACGUGGUCAUAGUCCUCCUCGCAGGCAGAGUGCUUCUGCACAAGAUUUCUACUGAAAAAUACUUAGUUUGAAAGAAAAAAAAAACAUCGUAUCAAGUGGGUUUAACUGCCAAAAAUGGACCCGUUUACCGAGAAACUGCUGGAGCGAACUCGAGCUCGCAGGGAGAACCUGCAGAAAAAACUGGCAGAGAGGCCAACUGCUGCCAGCAGACAGAUGGUCAAAAGGCCUAGGGAGCCUCUGACGGACACGAACAGCAUCAUCAGCGACGCCGUUCCUGAAAAAGUGGUGCAGGCUUUUUCCAAGCCCUCCCCUUCAAAGCGAAGGUACUCUGAAGAAAAUGCUCAACCUUCAGCUAAUGAGGAGAAUCGAGAGCCUGUGGUUCCACGAGCUGGAGCUCCUGAGCUCCCAGAUCCUCCCACAGACAAGAAACCCCCAUUAGGUCCUGCUGGGGUUCGGUAUUCCCUGGAGAAGGCUGCCGCUCGCCCUGCUGUCCAGUCUGAGCCUCUGGGGAAGCCAGAGUCAGAGAAGAUGGUUGCUCCUCCUGGUCCUGAACUUUUAAGCAGAGAUGCUGAGAUGGAGGCUACAGUUUCAGUUCAACAAAGAAUGGAGGAAGCUGCAGCUCCCAGUGGAGGCAUGAAAUCCCGACUGCAGAAGCUGGCGGAGCAGAGGAAGUGUUGGGAUGGUAUUGCACAGGAAGACUGCACGCCUGUCUUGCUGUUGAAGAGGGAUGCUGAAGUGUCUUCGCCUGCUGCUCCAGCCUCCUCCUCUGAAAUGGCUGUGGGGCGGAGGGGCAGGUUGGCCAACCUGGCGGCCACCAUCGGAUCCUGGGAAGAUGAUCUGAGCCACGUCAACAUCCCCAGAGAAAAGCCUGCUGCAGUGAACCCCAGCAAACCAAACGCUGCCGGGAACCCCAGCAAACCAAACGCUGCCGGGAACCCCAGCAAACCAAACGCUGCCGGGAACCCCAGCAAACCAAACGCUGCCGGGAACCCCAGCAAACCAGACGCUGCCGGGAACCCCAGCAAACCAAACGCUGCCGUGUACCCCAGCAAACCAAACGCUGCCGGGAACCCCAGCAAACCAGACGCUGCCGGGAACCCCAGCAAACCAGACGCUGCCGUGUACCCCAGCAAACCAACCGCUGCCGGGAGCCCCAGCAAACCAACCGCUGCCGGGAACCCCAGCAAACCAACCGCUGCCGGGAGCCCCAGCAAACCAACCGCUGCCGUUUACCUCAGCAAACCAACCCCUGUUGGGAACCUCACAGAGAAGUCCAUCUUCAAGCAGGGGGUUGUUCAGUCUCCAGUCAAGUCCAGUCAAAUGGUUCCUCCAAAUCUUCAGAAGGCAGACUUCCCUCCACCAAAACCUGCACUUCAGUCGGCACAAAGUCCUCUGAAGAGCUCUAACCAGGGAGCAGCCUCCACAUCAACCACACAAAAUGGCUGUUCCUCCUCAGCAUCAGUACCACAGAGCCCCUCCAGAGGUCUCAACACCUACACUCCCCAAAAGCCUGAGCUUCACGACAAACCCUCUUUUUCUAGCUCAACAGCACAGCAGAAGAAGGUUCCUGCUGGAACUCCUGGUGUGAAGUCUUUCCUGGAGCGCUUUGGCGAAAAAUGCCAGGAGCGUGUGCUUCAGACCACUCCAGCCAGAGUUCCACUUCAGCCCCGGGCUCCUGCUGGACCGCCAUCAACCUCACCAAACACCAGACUGCUCCAGGAGAAACUCAUGGCUGCUCAGAGCGCUAGCACAGCUACGGCCGACCUCACCAUGCGGCAGAAACUGGAGAGAGAGUCUGAGCUGGCUCAGAUUCGCAGUCGCUUCCAGAAGGGGAACAGCAUUUGCAAGAGUGAAAAAGAAACCGAGACAUCCAUCAAGGAGCCAGAUCAGCGUUUGGAGAGUGACGCCACUGCAGUGCAGCCUCAGGAUGAACCCAGAGGCCUGACCAAUGAGGAGCAACAAUCCCCACUGCGCAUCUCUCCAGCAGGUCCUGCAUUGAUGGUCAGCCCCCCAGCCUCAGCAUCCAGCCCCCUGAAACAUGUCAGCAAAUCUGUAGAGAAGAAGAGUGAUGAAACUCCAGAGGAGGAAGAGGAGGUGAUUAAGGAGACCGAGAUGAACGUGGACCAGUCCAUCAACUCUGCAGUCAUCAACGAACUCUUUGAUGGGGUGUUGGAGCAGAGUGACGACAGAGAUGAAGAGGAGGAGGAGGAAGAUGCUUUAAAUAUCUCCUCUAUGUCCCUCUUCAUCCCCCUGACAGAGACUGUAACGUCUGUGGUGAAGAGUCCGGAGGGUAAAGUCAUGACGUCCACUCCAGCCAACUCUUUCCUGGUGAAGAACAACCCCCCAGAGAACCUUUCCAAACCCAGCAAGUUCCAGAGAGGAGGCGCCAAACCGACGGCCUCCUCUGGCUGCGCCGACCCUUCAGACGAAGAUCUCAAACUGCCUUACAGCAUUGACGCCUACAGGUCCACCAGGGUGAAGGAGGCGGAGAGGCCGCAUGUCAAGCAGGUGAUCGUUAGGAAGGAGGAUGUUACUGAGAGAGCUGACGAGCCUCGAGGGUCCACUGCCUUCAGCAUCAGGCAGAAGAUGAAGAUCCUGACCAGUGAGAUGAACCUUCAGCAGACGGUGAUCCACCAGGCCAGCCAGGCCCUAAACUGCUGCACCGAUGAGGAGCACGGCAAAGGAUCGCAGGUGGAGGCCGAAGCUGAGAGGCUGCUCCUGGUAGCCACGGAGAAGAGGGAGGCCUUGAAGGCAGAGCUGGAACGUCUCAAAGGAGACCCAACAGGACAGAAGAAAGCUUCUGGAGCUCCAGAACCGAGCCUCAUGUCCGCCUCCAAGGGCUCCAUCACCCUGCAGGAGCUGCGGCUCCCCCUGAAGGCCGACUUUGUUUGCUCCACUGCUAACAGACCAGAAUCCACAAAACACUCCUUCUUCAUCCUGAUCCGUGCUGGGGCAGAAGACUCUGUGGCCACUCCUCUGGCUAGCACGCACCGCGGCCUCAGUGGAGACACACUCACCUUCCCCACCAAGUUCAGCAUAUCUGACGUCAGCAGCGACUUUCACAUCCAGCUGCAGGUCUACUGUUUGGUCCAGAAACAUGAAGUCUGCAGUGAGAAGAAGAAGAAACCCAGCAAGUCUAAGAUGAUGUGGAGGCAGGUUCAUGAGGCCCACAGUUUGUGUUUGUCGGCCAUCACUCCAAAGAGGUUCCUCGCCAUCACAAAGAGCGCGCACACCCCAGUCAUGGCGAGUCCUGGAGGCCCAAACGCGGUCCGCACCAGCAACUUUGUCAUGGUGGGAUCACACACGCUCACCCUGUCCUCCAUCGGUAAAAACAAGUUUCCUUUGGAGAAGGUUUCCUUCCUGUGCCCCCUGGAGGGACAUGUCUACCUGAAACUGCACUGUGAAGUUGGCUCCAAGGUGGAGGAAAAGGGCUUUCUGACCAUGUUUGAAGACGUGAGUGGGUUCGGAGCCUGGCACAGGAGGUGGUGCGUGCUGUCGGGGUACUGCAUCUCCUACUGGACGUACCCGGAUGACGAAAAGAGAAAGAACCCCAUUGGCCGCAUCAACCUUACCAGCUGCACCAGCAAGAAGGUGGAACCGGCCAACAGGGAGUUCUGCGCCAGGCCCAACACCUUUGAGCUGGUCACGGUGCGGCCGCAGAGAGAGGGCGACAAGGAGACGCUCGUCAGUCAGUGCACGGACGCCCUGUGUGUCACCACGAACUGGCUGAGUGCCGACACCAAGGAGGAGAGGAAUCUGUGGAUGAAGAAGCUCAACCACAUCCUGCUGGACCUGCGCACGUGGCAGCCGGACGCCUGUCACGGGCCGCAGUGACCACCGCCGCCGCCGCCCCACCUGUGUUUCGGAGUGUCUACAUUUUCUGAGUGCAAUACAUAAAAAAAAACUAACUUUUUGAAUAAUCGCUCCAUGCAUCCGAAGGGAGGGAAAAAAGCCAUGAGACAUUUUGUCGGAGCAGAGCUUUGGCACUUUUACACAGAAGCUUGGUUUGCAAACGCUUGUGCUUCACACUGCAUUUUUAUUCCAAGGCUAAUAUUGUGUUUUCUUUGAAUAUGAGACGUGGCUCAUUAUUGUUGAAUUAAUCUAAAAGUUUUUUUCUCCUGCUGGACUAAAGCAGCAGGAAGAACACUUUCUACUUUAUAUUUUAGCUGUUACAGCUUACGAACGUCUGAUUCGAGCAGAGGCUUCUGCUUCUCCAACCCUGCGCUGUACCUGCUGCAGCUUAAUUCAUGUCUUUAUAGUUGUUUUACUGACAUGUUGUGCAUGUUUCUGUGUGUUUCCUGCAACCGCACAGAGGAUGAGCAGACUUUCGGACCACAGUUCUGUGGAGAAACUCCUGCUCUGAUGGUUCAAGUGCUGAGUCUAAUUCAGGUCCUGGAGCAGACUGCAGGGUUUAUGAUGAUAAAAAAAACUGAGUUUUUUUCACCAUGUUGAGCAUCAAUACAGUUCUUAAAAAAUUAA